AUGAUUCGAGUCAAGAGCCAGGACGACGGCAGCGGCUUUAUCUUCUCCACGACCGUUCACAAAGAGUAUCUCUGCUUUUAUUCGCCUUACUACACUGCUGCAAUCAAGGGUGGUUUCUCUGAGCGUCACAAAGAUCUCUUUACUCUCGAGCUCAGUGGCAAGCAGACAAAAACAUUUGUGGUGUGGCUCUACACUGGACGCCUCGAAUACAACGCCUGGAAAGGAGUCGAUCACAGCGAUGUCUAUGCACUUUAUGUCUUCGCCGACCAGACCGACAUCAUCGCCCUUCGCAGGACCAUCAUGACUUGCCUGGUCACAUGUCUUCGUAGACCUGCGACUCCUGGUGACAUGGCAAGACUUGUCUCUCAACUUCCCCAACACUCUGGACUCAGACGAUUUCUACUGGACGAAGCCAUAGCCGAUCGAAACAUUCAGGAACGCGAGAACAAGAUGGUCGCUUGGGAUUGGAAGAAACGUGGUUACCUUCCAGAAGACUUCCCUGCAGACUUCUAUGCCCAACUGGUGAACGGGCAUCUCACGAAGAAGGCAAGGGGCUAUGGGGAUCCAACGAGCAACGCAUGCCACUACCAUGAGCACGUAGACACACAAGAAUGGAGUUCAAGUAAGCGAGACAAUCUGUGA